UAUCUGUGUCAUCGUCAUCGUCGAUUGCAUGCCAUGUGUAUGACGUGUCAAUCUACACAAAUGUGUGUGGCCGUACAUCUGGUGUAACACAAUUAUGGCCGAGCGGUCGUCCUAUCAAUAUCAGAAAUUGGAUAUACUGACGGUUGGCAGCGGCUCAGGAAGCGGCGCUAGCAGGGCAUCAACAGGGCUCCACAAGCGGGGGGCACUCGGGUCGAAGGGGAGCCCAUCGCUUAGCUGAUAGAAUGGGUGGCCCAAAGAAAGAAGAGACACCACCUGGUGGUGGUCCCACAUCAUUAUUUAUCCUCACCGAGGAUAAUCCAAUUAGAAAAUACACACGUUUCAUAAUAGAAUGGCCGCCCUUCGAGUACACUGUGUUAUUGACAAUCAUUGCCAACUGCGUUGUGUUGGCAUUAGAAGAACAUUUGCCUGAGUGUGAUAAAACAGUAUUGGCCCAAAAGCUGGAAAAAACGGAGACCUAUUUUUUAUGCAUUUUCUGUGUAGAAGCAUCGCUCAAGAUCCUUGCCUUAGGUCUAGUUUUGCAUAAACACUCCUACCUCAGGAAUAUUUGGAACAUCAUGGAUUUCUUUGUAGUAGUGACGGGAUUCAUGACACAAUUCCCACAAUUAGGGCCCGAAGUAGAUCUAAGAACUCUUAGGGCCAUACGUGUGCUAAGGCCCCUAAAAUUAGUCUCUGGAAUUCCUAGUUUACAAGUAGUUUUAAAGUCCAUAAUAAAAGCAAUGGCACCGUUGCUGCAAAUCGGUCUCUUGGUGUUGUUUGCGAUCGUUAUAUUUGCCAUCAUUGGACUCGAGUUCUAUUCGGGUGCUUUACAUAAGACUUGUUAUAGUUUAGAAGAUCCAAAUAAGCCUGUAAAAGAGGGUGAAUCAGAAACACCGUGUAAUACGGAUAACGCCACAGAUAAAUCAGGUGGUUCAUAUGUAUGUAAUUAUACGACGAGUAUGUGUUUGGAAAAAUGGGAUGGACCAAAUUCUGGCAUAACUAGUUUUGACAAUAUCGGUUUUGCCAUGUUGACUGUAUUCCAAUGUAUCACUAUGGAAGGCUGGACAGCAAUACUGUAUUGGACCAACGAUGCUUUAGGUUCACAAUUUAAUUGGAUAUACUUCGUGCCUCUUAUAGUUAUAGGCUCAUUUUUUAUGCUCAACUUAGUUCUUGGUGUUCUUAGCGGUGAAUUUUCCAAUGAACGUAAUCGCGUCGAACGUCGCAUGGAAUUUCAGAAAUGUCGUUUUAAAACCAUGUUUCAAACGGCCAUGGUCUCAUACCUUGAUUGGAUAACAGAAGCAGAGGAAGUGAUAUUAGCCGAAGAGCGUACAACAGAAGAGGAGAGAAUGCACAUAAUGGAGGCACGAAGACGAAAUGCUGCCAAAAGAAAAAAACUGAAAAGUCUGGGCAAAUCGAAAUCAACCGAUACUGAAGAAGAGGAGGGUGAAGAAGAUUAUGGUGAUGAUGGCUAUUUGAAAACACGUUCAAAACCUCAAGGAAGCUGUACGGGUUUUUGGCGUAUAGAGAAAAGUUUUCGUUAUUGGAUACGAAAAACCGUGAAGAAACAAUGGUUCUAUUGGUUUGUCAUAGUGCUGGUGUUCUUGAAUACAGUGUGUGUAGCAGUCGAACACUAUGGUCAGCCGCCGUAUUUAUCCGAUUUUUUAUACUAUGCUGAAUUUGUGUUUCUGGGCCUGUUCAUGUCGGAAAUGUUCAUCAAGAUCUAUGCCAUGGGUCCAAGGAUAUAUUUCGAAUCGUCAUUUAAUCGUUUCGAUUGUGUCGUCAUUAGUGGUUCGAUAUUCGAAGUUAUAUGGUCUGAAGUUAAGGGUGGCUCAUUCGGUCUAUCCGUUUUGAGAGCGUUACGUUUGCUGCGUAUAUUUAAAGUGACCAAAUAUUGGUCGUCACUGCGAAAUCUUGUGAUUUCGCUAUUGAACUCGAUGAGAUCCAUCAUUUCAUUGUUGUUCCUGCUCUUCUUGUUCAUACUGAUAUUUGCCCUACUUGGCAUGCAAUUGUUUGGCGGGCAAUUUAAUUUUAGUACGGAAACUCCCGAAACAAAUUUCAACACCUUCCCCAUAGCCUUACUGACUGUCUUUCAAAUUCUAACCGGUGAAGAUUGGAAUGAAGUUAUGUAUCAGGGUAUUAUAUCACAAGGUGGCGCUAAAAGAGGAAUGAUUUACUCUGUUUACUUUAUCGUUUUGGUACUCUUCGGUAAUUAUACAUUGCUAAACGUGUUCUUGGCUAUCGCUGUUGAUAAUUUAGCAAACGCCCAAGAAUUAACUGCUGCCGAAGAGGAACAAGUCGAGGAAGAUAAAGAGAAACAAUUACAAGAAUUGGAAAAAGAAAUGGAAGCGCUACAAGGUGAUGGUGUCCAUGUUGAGAAUGGCGGUGACGGUGCGACAGCGGUCAAAGCGAAAAGCAAAAAGAAGGAAGAGGAAAAGAAAGAGGAGGAAGAAGUUACGGAGGGUCCAAAACCAAUGUUGCCAUAUUCAUCAAUGUUUAUAUUAUCACCGACAAAUCCCAUCAGACGUGGCGCCCAUUGGGUCGUUAAUUUACGUUACUUUGAUUUUUUCAUUAUGGUCGUCAUCUCAUUGUCAUCGAUAGCGUUAGCGGCUGAAGAUCCCGUUCGUGAGAAUUCACCACGAAAUAAAAUUUUGAAUUAUUUCGAUUAUGCAUUUACCGGCGUAUUCACAAUAGAAAUGUUACUGAAAAUUGUAGAUUUAGGUGUUAUAUUACAUCCUGGCAGCUAUUUAAGAGAAUUCUGGAAUAUUAUGGAUGCUGUGGUCGUUAUAUGCGCUGCUGUUAGUUUUGGUUUCGAUAUGAGCGGUAGCAGUGCUGGACAAAAUUUAUCAACAAUCAAAUCGUUGCGUGUCCUUCGUGUCCUGCGACCAUUAAAGACAAUUAAGCGCGUACCCAAAUUGAAAGCCGUCUUCGACUGCGUAGUUAAUUCAUUGAAAAAUGUUGUUAACAUUCUAAUCGUGUACAUAUUAUUUCAAUUUAUAUUUUCUGUCAUUGGUGUACAAUUAUUCAAUGGGAAAUUUUUUUAUUGUACGGACGAAAGUAAACAUACUGCCGAAGAGUGCCAGGGUUCGUAUUUUAAAUUCGAAGAAGGAGAACUACUGCCAAGACAAGAGGCUCGAAUUUGGAAGCCGCAAAGUUUUCACUACGACAAUGUUGCUGCGGCGAUGUUAACACUAUUCGCAGUACAAACCGGCGAAGGAUGGCCACAAGUACUGCAACACUCCAUGGCUGCCACUUACGAAGAUAGGGGUCCAAUACAAAAUUUCCGGAUUGAAAUGUCCAUAUUUUAUAUCGUUUAUUUUAUCGUAUUUCCAUUCUUCUUUGUAAACAUAUUCGUGGCCUUGAUUAUCAUUACAUUCCAAGAGCAAGGCGAAGCUGAAUUACAAGAUGGUGAAAUUGAUAAGAAUCAGAAAUCAUGUAUAGACUUUACAAUAGGAGCGCGACCAUUAGAACGUUACAUGCCCAAAAAUCGUAAUACAUUUAAAUAUAAAGUAUGGCGUAUUGUCGUAUCGACACCAUUCGAAUACUUUAUAAUGAUGCUAAUUGUGUUCAAUACUUUAUUGCUGAUGAUGAAGUAUCAUAAUCAAGGUGAGAUGUAUGAAAAAUCGCUGAAAUAUAUCAACAUGGGAUUUACGGGAAUGUUCAGUGUUGAAACAGUACUGAAAAUCAUCGGAUUCGGUGUGAAGAAUUUCUUUAAAGAUCCCUGGAAUAUCUUCGAUUUGAUAACAGUCUUGGGCAGUAUUGUGGAUGCACUAUGGAUGGAAUUUGGGUCGAACUCAAUCAACGUUGGCUUCCUGCGUUUAUUUCGUGCGGCGCGUCUUAUCAAAUUGCUUCGUCAAGGAUACACGAUACGUAUUCUCCUGUGGACAUUUGUACAAUCAUUCAAAGCACUUCCAUAUGUCUGUCUGUUGAUAGCCAUGUUAUUUUUUAUCUAUGCCAUUAUUGGUAUGCAGGUAUUCGGAAAUAUCAAACUAGGGACAGUGGAAAAUACGAUAACUAGGCACAACAACUUCCAAUCAUUUGUACAAGGUGUUAUGCUCCUAUUCAGAUGUGCAACGGGCGAGGCGUGGCCGAACAUUAUGCUGGCGUGCCUUAAGGGGAGGCCAUGCGAUGAAGAAGCCGAAAAGGGUGACGAAACCUGUGGUUCGACAUUGGCCUAUGCCUAUUUUGUAUCGUUUAUAUUCUUCUGUUCAUUUCUAAUGUUGAAUUUAUUCGUUGCUGUCAUUAUGGAUAAUUUCGAUUAUCUAACAAGAGAUUCCAGUAUAUUGGGUGCCCAUCAUUUAGAUGAAUUUGUUCGGAUAUGGGCUGAAUAUGAUCCAAAUGCGACUGGUCGUAUACUCUAUACGGAAAUGUAUGACAUGUUAAAAAAUAUGGAUCCUCCAUUGGGGUUCGGUAACAAAUGUCCCAAUCGCCUCGCCUUCAAGAAAUUAAUACGAAUGAAUAUGCCCCUGGAUGAUGAGAUGAGAGUACAGUUUACGACCACACUAUUUGCAUUGAUACGAGAGAAUCUUAGUAUAAAAAUGAGACCGGCUGAAGAAAUGGAUCAAGCCGAUUCGGAACUUAGGGAAACAAUAGAAAAAAUCUGGCCAUUGCAAGCCAAAAAAAUGCUGGAUCUACUGGUGCCGCCCAAUGAUCAAUUGAACAAGGGCAAAAUGACAGUGGGUAAAAUCUAUACAGGAUUAUUAUUGCUGGAAGCAUAUCGUUUAAGACGAGAUGGCGGCGGCGGCCAAGGUGGAAUGCCGAAACAAUCAUUUUUCGAUUGUUUGCUCGAUAUGACUGCCCUUGACAAAGGAGGAUCACGUCAAGGCUCAAUUAGUUACGAAGCAAACGGCCACGAUGCUGCCAAUUCACAAACGCAUUUAUUGGCCAAUGUCCAUCAUCAGCCAAAUGGUGAUACGGAACAAGGUAGCUUGGCAACACUGGCCCGCCGGAGUACAAUGCGUAAACGUUCUGUUAGAAACAAUAAAAAGAUGCUGGAAUUAAGGGAUGCACCCAGGCAUCCAUCUCAGGAAUCAUUAACCGGUGCCGAUGCUGGUCAUUUACAUCCUGGACACGCCUAUCAAAAUGGUCAUCGCCGAUCACCUAGUUUAAGAUCACCAAGUCCUCGACGGCGUGGCCAUCCAUACACACAUCAUGAUAUUGGGUUCUCUGAUACUGUAUCUAAUGUGGUGGAGAUGGUCAAGGAAACCCGUCACCCAAGAGGAUAUGGUCAUCAUGCGCGUUAUCCAAGAGGUUCAUGGUCAGCAUCGACAAGUCCGGCCCGUUCGCCUUCACCGUCACGUUAUGGUGGCCACACCAGACGCCCUGAACUGCCUUAUCCCUCAUAUGGGACAACAAGUCUAUGUCAAAGAUCACGAUCACCGAGUCCUGCUCGAUUGCAGGAGAUGCGUGAAAGAGAUAGACUUGGCUAUGGGAUUGAUAUGGGUGGACCCCAUGGCCAACAUAGUUACCCAAAUUUAAACCAUCGCCGUGGUGGUGGUAGACGUUUGCCACCCACACCCAGUAAACCAUCGACCUUGCAGCUAAAGCCAACAAAUAUUAAUUUUCCAAAAUUAAAUGCAAGUCCAACACAUACACAUCACUCAACACCUCAUAGUGUUCACUCGUUGGUAAACCACCGCGAUCUAAUACCGGACCCUAGAGAGUUGUAUUAUAGCAGUAGAGAACGUGAACGGGAUCGCGCUCGUUACAGGGACCGCUUACGUGACUACGAUCCACGAUAUGAAUAUCGGGAUCGAGAACGUGAGCUAUACGAACGAGAACGAGAGUUGGAGUAUGAAAGAGAAAGACUGGAAUACAUACCACCCUUGUCGUUUGAACAAGCGGUUGCUAUGGGCCGAACGGGGAGAGUGUUACCCUCGCCGGUAAUGAAUGGCUAUAAGCCAAAGGGUAGCCACCAUGCACGCCACUCCGAUUCCGACGAAGAGGACUGGUGCUAGCAAAGGCUUUGAUUGCGAUCGCGUGAUCGAAGGGAACAGAUCUGGGUAUAGCAUCAGGCCAUAUUGCAAACCGCACUGUCCGCACCAGAUUUAGAUCAUAAUUUUGAUACAAUACCAAUGCAACAUUUUCUUCACCCACAGCACCACCAUCACUACCGCCGCCACCACCACCAACAACUACAACGACCAGCCAUUACCGCCGCCAUGUCAUAUAACGAUCUCUAUAGUUUGCAAA